UUUCUCUGUAUCAAACUCCGCAACCACACCCGCGGCAUCACCAAUUGUCACUCACCUCUCUCAUUCCUUUGUUUGCUUUCCUGUUCUUCACAGUUGCCGCAAUGGCCGUGGAAGCAGUGACGCAGACGGUGUCGAAUCCGCAGGCGUACGCUGCACUCGCCAAAACCCUCCCAAAGAUCCUUAUUCGUUUUUUCCAGAAGUUCCCCCCAGGACGACCGUACGCCACCGAGCCGCAGAGACCCCCUAGGCCUGAGCCUGUAAUACGAAAAGCCGAAGAUGGAACGGAGGAGGUCAUAUCGCAGCCAUCGCCGCAAGACUUGCUACGCGCUUCAACACCAUUCACAGACCCGACGUACAACCCUUUCCUUCCCUGGCGGAACCCCAUCACGCUUCGGUGGCGGGGACCGUACUAUGGACUGCGCAGACAAGCUAUGCUGUGCAAAGCCGCUGAGCGCCAUGGUGUUGCCGAACUGCUACCGUUCAGUAUAAAGUCUCCGGCGGAGAAGCUACGGAGGAGGGAAGAGAGAGGAUUGAGGGUGAAGGGCACGGGAGAGGAGCAGAAGGUCAAGGGCCACAAGUGGGAGAGAGAAAUGAAAGGCAAGCUCAGGGAACGAAAGGAAGCCAUGCUUAAAAUGGAUGAAUUGGUGAGGGAAUGGAAGCAGAAAGGACAUGGCAGAGGAUGGAAGAACUGGCCGAGUGGGAAGGCAAAGUGACUCCGUUGAUGCUCGACUACUUACAUCGCUGCUAUUUUUUCGUAAGGCAUGGCUAAAGCCUCACACCGAUCAAGGGAUCGAAAGCCGCAUUGCGCAUCCGGUAUGGAAAAGGCACAUCUAUUAACCCUUUGAAGAAAGCAAGAAAUUGUGUACGUGUAGAUAUGUAUAUUAUCAAUGGCUCCACCCAUUAAGGAUGCUGAGAGUUCCCUAACGCGUGCGUAACUAUGUGAUUCCUCCGCGCGACGGGCUUUCUCGCUCUUUUAGGUCUAUGCACCACGAAC